AAGGAAGUGCUCUGGUGAUCCUUGCAUCGUAGCCAUUCUGCUAGGACCAUGUCUACCACACAAGGAAAGGGCAGCAGCCACCUGUUCCGUUUGCACACAUAUAAGCGGCAGCUGCAAGAGGACCUGCCACAGCAAGAAAAAUCUGUCAUUGCUCAACCAAUAUUUGUUUUUGAAAAGGGAGAGCAAACUUUUAAGAGACCUGCAGAAGAUACCCUGUAUGAAGCAGCAGAACUCGAGAGUAAUGGUUUUUCAAGAAAGCGUGUGCGGUCUUCAUCUUUUACUUUGCAUAAUACAGAUUCUCAGUCCCGAGAAGUGUCAACCUUGUCACAGAAGCGAAUGAGAUCUUCAUCCUUCACUGACUUCCCAACCUUCCCCCCUUCUGGGCCAGUGAGGAAAAACAAUGUUUUUAUGACAUCAAUUCUUGUGCACAGUGAUACUGAUAUGAACAGUGCACAACAAGCUCCCAUGAAACAUUCUGAACAUGUUCUCAGACCUGCUAUUUUGCAGCCACCUCAAGCUCAAAGCUGUGAAAAAGUAAGAAAAACAUUUAGACACACUGCAUUGGAAUCCUGUAAGACUAAAGAAAAAGUAAAAAAUAAGAUUGGUGAGAAUUCCUAUUUGCUAAGUGAAAACUUACCGAGUGGCAGAAUUUCAGUCCAGUUGUCUACUAGCCAGCAUUUUUUAGGUGCAGCAUCAGUAGGAUGUCAACCAAACGAAGAUACGUGUUCUUUUAGAAGUUGCAGUUUCAAUUUCAUUUUUGGAGAAAACAUGAUAGAAAGAGUUUUGGACACUCAAAAACUCAUCCAGGCUCAGUCUGAAAAUGAUUCAUAUGCCAAGGAAAAACCAUUUAAAUCCACUCCAAAACUUCCUAUCAACUCUUUGAAUUCAAGAACAAACUCUAUUAAAAAUACAUCCCUAAUUGAAUCAGCUGCUGCCUUCUCUUCCCAACCACCACGAAGAUGUUUGCUGGAGAAAAUUGAUGUUCUAACAGGGGAAGAAGCUGAACAUAAUGUAUUGAAGAUCAACUGCAAGCUCUUUAUAUUCAACAAAACAACAGAAUCCUGGAUUGAAAGAGGCAGAGGAACUUUGAGACUGAAUGACACAGCAAGCAGUGACUGUGGAACGUUACAGUCAAGACUAAUUAUGCGCAAUCAAGGCAGUCUGAGGCUGAUACUCAACAGCAAACUGUGGGCUCAAAUGAAGAUUCAAAGAGCAAACCAUAAAAAUUUACGUAUAACAGCUACUGACUUAGAAGACCAUACCAUCAAAGUAUUUUUAAUUCAGGCCAGUGCCAAAGAUGCAGGGUGUCUGUACGCAGCAAUACAUCAUCGUCUUGUUGCACUUCAAAGCUUCGAUAAGCGAAAAGAUCUCAGUCAAGCUGAGAGCCAGUCAGAAACAGUCCAACAAUUAAACUGCGAUAGCUGUGAUGAGGAUGAAGAUGAUUUCACCCAAGUCACUAAAAAUGAAUCAGAUCCUUCUAGGUGGACGUACAGACAGUCGGUUGCCUGUUCAUGAGCACGACCUACUAUAAACGUGACAACAUCUACA